AUGUCUCAACGCUUUAGGGCAACGGCUUCGCUGCGAGAUCGCUCGGCCCUACUCCCAGAGUACACCACUCCCCCGUCCUCAGGGCGCUCGUCGCCCUUCCAGCUUCAACCUAGCGGCCAGCGUUUCGCAGACGAUCUUGAGGGCCAGAAUGACGAGCACCUCGAGGGCCUCACUGCGAAAGUGAAGCUACUGAAGGAUAUCACCAUUGGGAUAGGAAACGAAGUGCGGGAGUCGACUGUGCAGCUCAGACAGAUGAACGACGCAUUCUCGGAGACGUCUGGCAUUCUUGCGGGGACGUUCCGACGCAUGAACAACAUGGCAGCGCGGCAAGGCUGUCGGUGGCUGUGGUAUAUCGUGUUUCUUAUUAUUGUUUUCUGGUUCUUUAUUAUUCUGCCAGAGGAACUCGAUCAAGCUCAUUACAGUUGA